AUGAGACACACGAUUUGGCGGCAAGAGCUUUCAAAGUUACACGUUUUCAAACGUAGCAUUACAAUUCUACAGACACCUUCAGUGACCUCGGCCGCAACAUUGACUACAACAACAUCUGCUGAUCAGACUGAAGUUUCGGCCGUUCCUAAAGCGGAGUCAAUUCCAAAGACCAUAGCCAGCGGAGAUGAGCCAAUUUUCACAACCAUUGGAACACCUCCAUCUAUACUCACAGUUAGUAUACCACCCUCGGUGCCUAUAUACUUGAAAAAAGGGUCUUUAAUGUCACUCUAUGGAGGUGGCAAUGGUUCCAUCAUUAACAAAUUGACGUCAAGUUUGGAGAUCCGUAAUGCGGUCAGCAGAUUCUACUACGGUGGAAUUUCUUCAACAUACCAGAAGAUUACUUCUACAGUUCCCCUCAACGCUCUCGUCUCAGCAUUCGAGGCUCGCAAACUUUCUCGCUGGAUACCUAACAGAAGCGACGCACAACGCUCGUUCGUGAACUUGGUCCUUGAUGGUCGCAUUGAUUGGGUUAUAGUACCACCAAAAGCCAUACAGUGUUACACUGGAGCUUCUCUAUUCCUGAACCUCCAUGUUUUUCCUCGCGCUUCCGGAUUAUUCAGAGCUUGGAAUGCUGGAUACACAUUGGCGAAUGGAAGAGGAACCAUCUCGUUGGUUGGUGACGGACAGGUGUAUAAAAUAACCCUGGGUGAGGGCGAAGAAUUACUUCUCAAGCGUGAAUCAAUACUGGCAAUCAGUGUCAAUGGUCAUUCGGAGCUGAGCAAUGGCAGCAUUAGUGGAAAGACUCUUUCGAGAAACUUGAAAGAGACCGAAAAAACCGAAGAAACUGGACCAGAACCCAUCAUAAACCCGGACGAUGCAGUUACUGAGAACAAAUAUUGGACGCAACUGAAGACGGUCGCUAGUUGGACAACUGAAAAAGCUGCGAAGCUGAUCGGAUUUGCAUCCGGCUCUCUGAACGAGUCUCUUGUUGGUAAUGGCGGGUUCGUGCAAGUGAAAGGCCCACGCUCCAUUCUUCUGCAGACCGGUUCAGGUACCGACAAGAUCAGCCUGGGAAACCAACCAGGGAUAGCAGACACGGAGAAGUUCAUCACUGAAAAAGGCAAGUUUUUGCAGCCACAAAGAUCGUCCGCAGACUUUUUGAAGUACGCAACGGUGAAGGACGGUAAGGUGGAGUUCAAGAGUACCCCGGAUUUCAGCAAGACAGUUGCCGAGAUACGAGGCCAAAAAGCAUAG